AUGUCUGAGCGGAAAGUCUUGAAUAAAUAUUACCCGCCCGAUUUCGAUCCGUCGAAAAUCCCACGAAUGCGACUGCCUAAAAACAGGAAGUUUUGCGUUCGAUUGAUGGCUCCUUGUAACAUGAGGUGUGACACGUGUGGAGAGUAUAUCUACAAGGGGAAGAAGUUCAAUGCUAGGAAAGAAGACGUGGACAACAUGAGCUACCUCGGGAUACGGAUCUAUCGGUUUUACAUCAAGUGCACGCGUUGUUUAUCAGAAAUUUCAUUUCGUACUGACCCUGAGGCAACCGAUUACGUUUUGGAGGCCGGAGCGACGAGGAAUUUCCAAGCCUUGAAACUGGCCGAAGAAGCAGCCGAAAGGGAGGAAGCCGCUCGUCUGGAAGAGGAAAAGAACAAUCCCAUGAAGGCGAGAUUCAUAUUUUUGUUGGAGAAGCGAACCCAACAAUCCAAGUACGAAAUGGACAUGCUGGAGACUUUGGAGGAGUUGAAAGAACUUAACCAACGUCAGGGUGCCAGUUUGGACGAGUCUUUGGAUCAGAUGUUGCGUCGAAAAGCCCAAGAUGCUGCUGUGGAGCGAGAGACGGAAGAUGCUCAAGACGAAUUAGUCAUUGCGUCGGCGUUUGGCCACAAGAAUGCCGACGGGGAAAGAAUCAUUCGGCGGUUAGACUCAUAUGAUUCGGACGAAGAAGCUAAACCAAAAAAAGUCAAGGUGAAGAAGGAAGCCGAUGAUCUACUCUUCAAACGACCCGCCGCUUGUGUAGCAUCGAAACCGGAAAAGAAACCGAAACUAUCUCUGGGGGUGGUAAAGAAGGCUUCAUUGGUGAAACCCAAGAAGUCGAGCGUAUCCGCGCCACCUCCGAAGAUCAUUGCAGUCGCCGCCGUUCCACCAGUGAAAGUGAAAGCAGAACCCGUAGAAAAGCCCGAGUUGGUCUCCACAAAGUCUGUACCGUGUGAAAAAUCUGAAGAGCCGACUCCGGAAAGUUCUGAAAGCGUUCCCACCCUUGCUUUGCCGAAUAUCCAAGUGCCGAGCGUUGCGUCAUCUUUCGAAAAGGGGUUAACAUUGAUGUCCGAGAAAACUCCAGCGUCUUCUUCGAACGGACUUCGUGGUGCUGGAUUUUACAAUCCGUUUGGCGCUUACGGAAGUGGCAGCAGCGACGAUUCUGAUUCUGAUUGAUGAUUCAAUUCAAAUUCAUGAUUGCUGUCGUUAUUUGUUCUUCUUGAUUAUUUUUGUUCCAUUUCGUUGGCGAAAGGAUACAUUUUUUUUUUUUCA